AAUACCUAUAAUAUGGACCUUUUUAUUUUUUUUAAUUACUUUUAUCAUUAUUAUAAUUAUAGCUUUAGCUUAUUACCUACUUUACCCAUUAGCAUCUACAUCAUUAAACAAUUUAAUAAAUGACUCUCUUAAAAAUUGAACUUGAAAAUGAUAACUAAUAUUUUUAAUAUUUUUGAUCCUUCUACUAAUUCAUACCUCUCUCUAAAUUGAAUUAGAUUAAUAAUUAUUCUCGCCCUUUUUCCAUCUCAAGUCUGGAUUAUUCCUUCUCGAUAUGCUUCUAUAUUAAAAUCAUUUUUAACAUAUUUUUUCAAAGAAUAUAAAAUCUUAUUAAAUUUCUCAUAUUCCAAUUUAAUUAUUUUUAUCACUAUUAUACUUCUAAUUCUAUCUAAUAACUUUAUGGGAUUAUUUCCAUAUAUCUUUACCGCCUCUAGUCAUAUAAGAUUCUGUAUGUCUUUAUCUCUUUUAUUAUGAAUAGGAAUUAUAAUUUAUUCUUGAGUAAAUUUUUUUAAUCAAAUACUUAUCCACUUAACUCCUUCAAAUACUCCUUCAUUAUUAAUGCCUUUUAUGGUAAUUAUUGAAUUAAUUAGAUUAUUAAUUCGUCCAAUUACUUUAUCUAUUCGACUUACAGCCAAUAUAAUUGCAGGUCACUUGCUUUUAUCAUUAUUAGGGUCUACAGGAACCUCUAUACUUUCUUUAUUUAUUCCUUCUCUACUUAUAACUCAAUUAAUUUUAUUCAUUUUAGAAAUUUCAGUAGCAUUAAUUCAAGCCUAUGUAUUUUCAAUUCUUUCCCUUCUUUAUAGAAGAGAAAUUUAAAAUA